UGUGCGCGCACCCGAGAGUCCUACUCACAAAAAAACACGACGCAGGUCACGGAACCGGCCAGAUGAUCACCGACAACAUGACACAAUGACAAUAAUAUCGCCACAAGAGUCUUCUACAACUUGUUGUUAAUCAGGAUUAAAAUUUACCCCAAAGUAGACGUCACCCCAGCCAUGUCUUGCCGUGACAUUCAUGCCACCAAUGCGUUUUCCUUCAUCAUCGCACUGCUGUCGGUGGGCGGUUUGACAGUUGCUACGCUCAUCCCUCAGUGGAGAACCACACGCCUUCUAACCUUUAACGUCAAUGCCAAAAAUGUCACUGUGUAUGAUGGCCUGUGGACCAAGUGUGUGCAGCAAGAUGGUUCAUCAGGUUGUUAUUACUUUGAUGCAGACUGGUACACUAAAGUAGACCAGCUGGAUCUCAGACUGCUGCAGUUCUGUUUACCUACUGGUCUGUUUUUUUCUAGCUUGGCUCUUCUUCUCUGUCUCACUGGCAUGUGUAAAACCUCUUGCUGCUCAAAGACCCCAGAUGACAUUAAGAACAGCCGUUGCUUGGUCAACAGUUCAGGGUGCCAUCUAGUGGCUGGAAUGCUUUUUUUUCUAAGCGGGGCAAUCGCCAUGCCGCCCUCUGUCUGGUUCCUGUUCUACACACGAAAACUCAAUGAACGCUACGAUAAUCUGUUUGCGGUGGAAUUUGGGGUUUAUGUGGCCAUUGGCAGUGCUGGUGGGCUGAUCUUAGCUGCUCUGCUGAUGUUCAUGUGGUAUUGUAUGUGUAAGAAACUGCCUUCGCCCUUUUGGUUGCCUCUCCCUGAGGUACCCGAUAUGACCAACAGCUUCUCAGCGCAGCCCCUCAUGACCAAUGGCCUGCCCUCUCCUGUGACCUAUGUGCCCCAGAGUUUCCCUCCUGCUUUCCUGGAUACCCCCUCUUUUGUCCCAGCAAUGGGUUACCCUCAGCCUGCACCCACACAGCCUCUGCCACCCCACGUCUAUAUGCCACAGAUGCUGGACGGUUAUGGAUCAGAAGUUGGAGCCUCACAGGCAUAUAGUUAUGCCCCCUCUCAAAACUACACCCCUUCACAGUCAUACGCCCCCUCUCAAAGCUAUGCCCCUUCUCAGGGAUACGCACCCUCACAGAGGUAUGCUGGGCACCGCUACUCCACACGCUCCCGUAUGUCAGGCAUUGAGAUUGACAUUCCUGUCCUUACAGAGUGACAAUGAGAAUGUAGAGUUGGGUGUCCAGAGGUUUUGGUCAAGGUGGUGAAACUGGCAUUGUAUGUAUUUCUACAAUUAAAAAAAAAACUUUGAUGUAGGAUUACUUUGAGAGCAGUUUUGGCUGUGAUACUUUGGUGAAUUUGUGAACGAAAUGGUGAAAUUGAAAGAAACUAUUCAGUUCAUGUAGCAUAUGCCUCUCUGUCAUAGCACUGAAAAUGGACAAGUGAACAAUGCUGGGGGGGAAAAAAAAAGCAAUAACACUAGUGGUGUUAGAAAGUUGUGUGCCUCAUUCAUGAAACAUGAGCAGAAGGAAAUUCUGUGUAAAUCAAUCAUAAAUCUGUCUCAUUAAUUGUUGCAUAAACAAUUUUAAUUUUUUUUAUGAACCCUUUGUCAUUAUUUUGCUCUUAAAUCUAAAUUGUAACUGAUCAGUGGUGACUAAUGCUGAUGUAAAGCACUGUUCUGACCUGUUAGUUAAUGUCUACUAAUUUUAAUAUGAUUAGUAGCAAUAACAUAUAUUAGAAAGAGUGCUUACACAUGUAUUACUGUCAAUGCCUUGAAGUUUCGUCUUUUUGACUUUUCGUCUUUUGCCAUGUCCUUUUAAGGAAUGUUUAUGUUUCUUUAUUGUUCUAAUAUCUUGAUAUGUUUCCCCUGCUGUUGUUACAGAAUUGCAUAUGUGAAGGUGACAUUUUUACCUUUUUUGUAUUUGCUAAUGUUUUUUAUAUUUUUUUAUGGAAAGAAAAUUGUAUUUUAAUUUCUGUUUUUAUCUGUUUUUUUUUUUAAGUUUAAUGGAAGUACAACAUGAACUGUAUAAGAGAAAAGUUUACUUGUAACCUUAUUUUACUUAAUUUUUACAAUUUUUUUUUUAAAUACAAAUGUUUUUUUUUUUU